AACAUCUCAAUUGAAUGUUUUUCUUUGAAAACAAACAAAACUUUCUAGACAUAAAGACAGAAACAACCUAGACUCACACUUCUCACCAAUUCCAUACUCCACUCACUAAUUACAUACAACAAAACAAUAAAGACAAAAGGGACCCUUCAUUACAUUGUCGACAACGUUGCCAUGAUCAACAACUUCAGUCCAAACAUUGAUUUCUACUCCCACAUCAAACACUACCUAAAUCAACCCAUUACGGUUUCAAUCACCAAGCUUUGUUUUUUUCAUGGGGCUUCUUCUUCUUUCUUCUUCAAUUACAAAACCCACCAAGGAUUAACCUUUUCCUUCUUCCAUUCCUUCAUUCUACUAAUGUGCCUUUUCUAGGGUUCUUCAUGCUUUCCUGCAUAAACUUUCCCUAAAUCAGUAGAAAUUCUUUUACUCUUCUCAUCCAUUUCUUUAUUUUAAACGUGUCUCACUCUGCUUUCCGUGUAGGAUCUGCAGAAGUUGACUCUGAAAUAAUCAUAUUUUUUUCUUCUAUAUCUUUUCUUGAUUUUUCCAAAAUCUUAAGAUUGAGAUUGUUGUUGCAUGUUACAUGGAAUGGAAUCUAUGUUUCAAGAAGAAGGGUCUUCAUCUGUAACUUGUUCACCUCUACAGUUAUUUUCCAUGAUGUCACUUUCACCUGGUAUUGGAGGAAUAGGAUCUCCUUAUCCAUGGCUGAGUAGAGAAUUGAAAUCUGAAGAAAGGGGUUUGUAUUUGAUUCAUUUGUUACUCACUUGUGCAAACCAUGUAGCUUCUGGUAGUCUUGAAAAUGCAAACACAACACUUGAGCAGAUUUCUCAGCUCGCAUCUCCUGAUGGAGACACUAUGCAGAGAAUUGCUGCAUAUUUCACUGAAGCACUUGCUGAUAGGAUACUCAAAACUUGGCCUGGACUUCACAGAGCCUUGAAUUCGACAAGAAUUGUUAUGCUUUCUGAAGAAAUUCUUGUUCAAAAGUACUUUUUUGAGCUUUUCCCUUUCUUGAAAGUGGCUUAUAUUAUGACAAAUCAAGCUAUUGUUGAAUCUAUGGAAGGUGAGAAAAUGGUCCAUAUCAUUGAUCUAAAUGCUGCUGAGCCUGCACAAUGGAUUGCUCUUUUUCAAGUUUUGAGUGCUCGUCCCGAAGGUCCUCCUCAUUUGAGAAUCACAGGGAUUCAUCAGCAGAAAGAGGUCUUGGAUCAAAUGGCUCAUAAGCUUUCCGAAGAAGCUGAAAAAUUGGAUAUACCGUUCCAAUUCAAUCCUGUUGUUAGCAAGCUAGAAAAUCUUGAUUUCGACAAACUUCGUGUGAAAACCGGGGAAGCGCUUGCAAUAAGUUCUAUACUGCAAUUACAUUCUCUUUUGGCUUUGGAUGAUGAGUCGUCAUCCUCAAGGAGAAAAACUCCUAUUCUGUCAAGAAACUCAAAUGGACUUCACCUUCAAAAGGUCAUGCUUAUGAACCAAAGCACAUCAUUAGGGGAUUUACUUGAAAAAGAUAUGGUUAAUGGCUAUAGUCCAAGUCCCGAUUCAGCAUCAUCAUCCUCUUCGCCAGCAUCUUCAACUGCUUCAAUGAAUGCAGAAAGCUUUCUCAACGCCUUGUGGAGUUUAUCGCCGAAAGUCAUGGUUGUUACCGAACAGGAUUCAAAUCACAACGGUUCAACUCUAAUGGAGCGGCUGCUUGAAGCCCUAUAUUCUUAUGCAGCAUUGUUCGAUUGUUUGGAAUCAACUGUGUCAAGAACAUCACUAGAGAGAUUAAAGGUUGAGAAAAUGCUGUUUGGUGAGGAAAUCAAGAACAUUAUUGCCUGUGAAGGAGCUGAAAGAAAGGAAAGACAUGAAAAGCUUGAUAAGUGGUUUAUGAGACUUGAUUUGUGUGGUUUUGGUAAUGUGCCUUUAAGCUACUAUGGUAUGUUACAAGCAAGAAGGUUUCUGCAGAGUUAUGGUUGUGAGGGAUACAGAAUGAGAGAAGAAAAUGGAUGUGUUGUAAUUUGUUGGCAAGAUAGGUCAUUGUUUUCAACAACAGCUUGGAGAGCUAGGAAGUAAUUAAGACUAAUUUUCAAGGCAUAGGAAAAAUAUGAUAUGAAGCAAUGUUAUGAGUAGAAGAGUGUUGAGGGUUUUAAUUUUUUGUUUUUCUUUGUUUGUAUGAAAGAGUUUUUACCAAUAUAUGGUAAUGAGUAUUCAUCAUUAUCAAUUUAGAGAUA